CAGCAGGAGGAGUUUGAGCGCUGCAUGGCCGAGCACGCGGAGUGCCUGGAGUUGCUUCAACAACUCGGGCAAAAGGCGGAGCAGCUCGCCGGCGCGAGUCUCGGUGCGAUGGGGGAGGCGCAGCUGGCUGCCGCGGUGAACCAGGCCGAGGCGGAAGCCGCGCAGGCGAUCCAGAUCAAGCAGGAACUGGAUGUGAAAUUGAAAGCGCUCGAAGAAGAAGGGGGUAGGCUCGCGAACCUGAAAAAACCGACCAAAGCGCAGAAGAAAAAGACCGUGAUGAUCCAGCAGCAAUACAACCGGCUGUACGAGGCCCAAAUCGAGCAAGUGGCGCAGUUGGACUAUCUGAAGCAGAAAAUUGUCCGGCUGAAGCAGAUGCAGAACAGCUCGGCGAGUCAGCAGUUCCGGCUGCAGCUGAAGGAAGUGUACGAGCAGCAACUGGCAAACCUGGAGGGCAUGCGGGACGCGAUGGAGUACGAGAUGCAGCAGAUGGAGCUCGUGCUCCCGGAGCACCAACAGGAGCUGAAGAACGUGAAGGACGAAAUCGAGCGCCUCAAGCGGGACAUGGACCGGGUGCAACGGGGAGAGUCGAUCGAUGACAUGUACGAAGAGGACGGGGUGACGCUGAAGAAGAAGUCGAAGAUAUCCUAAGGAAAAAUCCCCCCUCACCAUAUUGAAAAGGUAUGUUUAGGAAAAUUUGCGUUGCUGAGUUGAGGUCACAAAUCACAUUUGUCUUGCAAGAAGACAAGGGCAGAAGCUUCCGCCCCAUUAUGGACGCGAUUUGUCAUGCUGUUGGGCCUAAAGGGGAGCCGCUUGCCAUGCUGAACAAGUAGACCCAUACGCCCCUACCUAGCCUGGAAAUCUGGCCGCAGUGCCUCCCUGCAAUGCAAAGCUGAUUUGUGUACGCAAAUCCAGCAUCAGAAGUUCCGUGUCGGUUACUCCGUUUUUUGGCCGUUUGCAUGCGUCCCCACGUUGGUUUGUCUUGCGAGACUCUCCUUUUCUAGUGGUGGUUUUUAGUUGUACCAGUGUAAUGAUGCCAGCUUUAGGGCGUUUUUAUGUAAUGUGGAAUUAGAACUUGUUUUUUGGUAGUACUCCUUUCUAUACUUUUUUUGAUCCCUCGGUGCUAGUGGGCACAUUAGUACGAAGUUAUUUCUACUCAGAUAACAACACAGCUCUCUACGCCGCCUUCCCAGGAGCAGUUGUUGCUGUCUUUCGGUAGAAGUCACAUCGUCCAAAUAAUCCUACUAGAGUUUACCGGGUAUGUGGUUUAAGUUUUUUAGAUAUAGUCUAAACAGGGACGCCCAGCCCUUAGCCAUCCAAAAUCAGAAGUUCCGUUUUGAUAUAGGGAAGGGGGAUUUUUCCUUUCGAUAGAAGAAGGAGCUGGCGAAGGAAAAAGAACAGGACAUCAACGAGAAAUUCAACAGCGAGCAGGAACUGAACCUCGGCCUCGUCCUGGACGACGCGGUCGCCUGCCCCCCGCGGCUGAAAGAAUUCAUGUCCCCG